AUGAACUGCGGCGAGUGCGACGAGCUCUGCGGCGCCCAGUACGCCGAGCCGCGGCGCGACGACGCGCGGGCGACGGAGCUGGCGCGCCGCGCGGACCGCGCGCAGCGCGGCGACGCGGCGAAGCGGCCGUACGACGUCCUGGGCGUCGACCCGUCCGCGUCCUCCGGCACGAUCCGCAAGGCCUACCGGACCCUGUCGCUGCGGUUCCACCCGGACAAGAACCCGGGCCUCGAGGCGCUGGCGACGGACGCCUUCGAGGCCAUCGCCGCGGCGUUCGCGUUGCUCAGCGCCCCGGACGCGCGCAUGAAGUUCGACGACUUCGGCGAGUCCGGCGAGGACUCCUUCGACAGCUUCAGCACGCAGUGGGAGUGGGAGGCCUACGGCGACGCCAAGCAGAAGGACCAGACGUUCUACGGGCGGGACCCCUUCAUCGCGAAUUUAGACGGCGAGGCGUCGUGGACGCGGCGCCUCGGCGCGAACCGCGGCACGGUCUGGGUCGUCGAGUUCUACGCGCCCUGGUGCGGCGCCUGCAAGGCCUUCGCGCCGACGUACAAGGCGGCGGCGCGGCGCGGCGCGGCGCGGGAGGGGGCGGCCUGGGAGGCCGUGGAAUUCGGCGCGGUGAACUGCGCGCGGAACGCGAAGAUCUGCAACGACUGGUACGGCAUCCGCGCGUACCCGACGGUGCUCGCGCUCAACGAGGUGCUGGGCACGCGCACGGAGUUCUUCGGCGACAAGACCGAGGACGCGCUGCUGGACUGGGUCGGGAAAGUCGCGGACGAGUGGCGCUUCCUGGCUUCCGCGGCGGACGUGAAGCUGAUCGCCGACGCCGACGACUAUCGAGCCGCGAUCCUGAACGCGACGCGCUUCGCGGUCGUCGCCUUCUCCGACGGCCUGGACUGCGUCGCCUGCAAGACUGCGCGCACGAACCUGCUGCGCCUGUCCGCGUCGCUCGCGAGCGCGGGCGACGCCGACUCGCGGCCGCUCGUCGCGUUCGUCGACUGCGACGCGCCGGCCCUCGCGCGGCUCUGCUACGACGACGGCGACGAGUGCGAGGGGGACGCGGCGCUCUGCCACGGCCUGCCGCCGCCGCCCCACGCGCCCGUCGUCAAGGCCUUCGCCGCGGGGCGGCGCAAGGGCCGCGGCGAGCAGCUCUACAACCCGAACGAGGUCGAGCCCCACGUCGCCGUGGCCAUCGUCGAGCGCGUCGCGCGCCUGGCCCUCGCGCGCGACGACGACGGCGCGGCGGGCCUCGCGGCGGGCGCGGCGGACUGGUCCAAGGACGACGAGCGGCCCGAGCCGCCGCCGCCGCCGCCGCCGCCGCCCAUGUGGAACGGGCCCGCGCCGCGCCGCGCGGUCUCCUGGGGCGGCGGCGGCGGCGGCGGGCCGCGGCGGGCGGCCAUAGCCGCCGCCGUGGCGCUCUUCCCGCAGGCGUUGGUGCCCAUCGUCGUGGACCUCGACGUCCGCGGCGUGCGCUACGUCGACUCGUUCCUCUGGACCACGGGCGCGAGCUGCAUGACGCCGGAGGCCUACGCGGCGCAGACCUGCGACGACCUGGACCUGAGCGUCGAGAUGGGCCACAUGCUCGCGGACGCCGUGCGCGCGCAGGUCGCGCACGCGCUCACGCUCAUCGCGCACGCCGCCGCGCGCGAGCGCGCGGGGCGGCCGCUGCUCCCGGGCGCGGUCGUGCUGGUCGUCGACGUGACGAACGGCGGCAAGCGGUUCUGCGACGAGUUCCGCUGGGACACGCGCGCGCCGCGCGACGCGCCCGAGGCGCUCGCGCGGCGCACGACCCCAACGGCACCGCCAUGCUCUACGAUCCCCGGCUGGGCGAACCUCCCCGCCGCGGAGCGCGACCGCUACCGCGCGGCCCUGGCCGCGCGCCGCGCGCAGGCGCCGCGCGCGGCGUAA